AUGGCCCGCUCCGAUCAGACUGAGCCUUUUCCGCCCCUCCAUCCGCUGCGCGAGCCGACGGGCUUCGGCAGUGGUUCGCGCCGCCGCCGAAAGAGCAGCAACCUCGGUGACGACCCCAGGGGAGAUACUGGCACCGUGAGCCUUGCGACGGCUUUCGACAAUCAGUCGCCCACCGAAGAGCGUUUCCCCAAGCAGCACCGCCCUUCGAAGCGCCGGAAAGCGAAGUCUCUCAUGCGCCGCUGGUGGAAGCUUUCGAUCCGCCAUACCUGGCUCAAUCCGCUGAUCUUAAUCGUCCUCCUCCUCGCUGCCUAUGCCGUCAAUCCGAACGAGUCUAACCCGUUGCACGCCGCCAUCUUUCUGUCCUAUCCGCUUCCCCGCGCUCCCGACGCCGAUCCGUCCGUUCCGAUACAAUAUGGCAAGGGAGGCAGGGACUUCGCCUUCGUCGGAUUCUACAUCAUUGUCUUCUCCUUCACGCGCGAAUUCCUGAUGCAGCGUUUCCUGCGGCCCCUAGCCAUCCGCUGCGGCAUCAAGUCACGCGCCAAGCAGGCACGCUUCAUGGAACAAGUCUACACCGCCAUCUACUUUGGAAUCUUUGGUCCUUUUGGUCUCUACGUCAUGUCGCGCACUCCGGUCUGGUAUUUCAACACCAGGGGAAUGUACGAGGGCUUCCCGCACAAGACGCACGAGGCUGUCUUCAAGGCCUACUACCUGCUCCAGGCUAGCUACUGGGCCCAGCAGGCCAUUGUCCUGCUUCUGAUGCUCGAGAAGCCGCGUAAGGACUUCAAGGAGCUCGUCAUGCACCAUAUCAUCACCAUCGCCCUCAUCUGGUGCAGCUACCGCUUCCACUUUACUUAUAUGGGUGUGGCUGUCUACAUUACUCACGAUAUCAGCGAUUUCUUCCUUGCCACGUCGAAAACCCUGAACUACCUUGAUUCCCCCAUCGUUGGCCCUUACUUUGGCUUCUUCAUCUUCGUCUGGACUUACCUCCGCCACUACAUCAACCUCCGCAUCCUCUGGUCCAUGGUCAAUGGCGAAUUCUCCUCCAUCGGUCCUUUCGAGCUGAACUGGGACACGCAGCAAUACAAGUGCUGGAUCUCGCAAUACAUCACAUUUGCACUGCUCGCCAGCCUGCAGGCCGUCAAUCUGUUCUGGCUGUUUUUGAUCCUGCGCAUUGCAUACCGCUUCGUCGCGAGCUGGGGAGAAGUCGUCAAGGAUGAGCGCAGCGAUUACGAGGAAAGCGAGAACGAACAGGAGGCGGCGGAGAAGAACGCCAAUGGCAAGGCUGUGGAAGCAGCUCCUCAGGUUCUCCUCAAUGGUGAGCCAGUCUCGCCGGUGGAGGAUAAGGCGACGACGACGGCGACGGCCGCCGCCGCCAAUGGAAAGCAGAGAAAGGGUAGGUAA